AUGAAAAAAGUCUUCGGCGCCUUGGCGCUGUGCAGCUUGUUCGUCUUCUUCCGACGGGAUUUCUGGUCCCGGUCCGGCACUGGAUACGUUGAGGCGGACGUGGCCCCAGCCAAGGUGGCCUCCGCGAAGCUUUCGGAGACGCUGAAGGUGGAGGAGCAGAAAAGGCGGAAAUAUGCAUUCGUCCACACUUCCAAGACCUCCAGAAGAUCCUUCUGCGAAGCGGAGGGCUGGGAUUUGGAGUGGUCGGACGAAUUCAGCGGCGAUAGCUUGAACUUGACGUCCUGGGAGAUUGUCUCUAGUCAAGGGGGCUAUGACAACAUCGAUCUGCCGGUUGGAGGCUUGAACGUCACAGCUUGCCGCUGUGCUGCAUGCCGCCGGGAGAAUGCGGUGGUGGAGGAUGGCAAGCUUCGAAUAGUUUCAGACCGUGACCCGGAGGACAACACCAGGUAUUACUCAGCUGCUCUUUCCACGAAGGGCCGGCUGUCCUGGACGACCGACGAUGGGCCCUUUCGCGUUUGUAUCCGUGCCAAGCUGCCACUCAACACCCGAGGUGUUUGGCCGGCGCACUGGAUGCUUCCCGAGAAUGGCCUCUCUGACAGGUGUCUCGAUGAAGGCGAGAUGGACAUCCUGGAAAUGGUGAGCGGUGACGGCAAGGCGUACCAUGCGUACCACUGGAUGUCCAGCUGGCCUGGAAGCCGCUGUGGUGAUUUCGACACCUUCCAUCGCUCAGUCUCCUCGAGCAUGAUCGUCCGGGAGUAUAGCACCGAGUUCCAUGAGUACGCGGUUGAAAGGACCCCUGAUGGCAUCCGAUAUGCCAUCGACGGCAUCCCAACUGGAGGUUACCGUGCUGCGGAGCGGGGCUUCACGCUCUCGUCUGCCCCCUGGUUCCUCAUCCUGAACACAGCGAUUGGCGGUGGAUGGCCGGGGUAUCCGGCGCCUGAGGUAACCUCCAUGCCCGUGGAGCAUGUGAUCGACUGGGUCCGUGUUGUGCGGAGAUCCCUUGUUCUUCCUCCAUGCUUGCAGUUGCCUGCCUGUGCUUGCGACGAGCCAACCUUUCUUUUUGCAGCGUUGGACUGCCGCGUAGCGUUUGGGCUCAAAGCGCACAUCAUUUUCUACGGCACUCGACACAACGGCUGCGAUGUCCAGCUCCGUGCCAGCCGGCUUUCUGUUCGACUGGAAGAACAGUCUGGCCUCAGCCACCUGUCAGCGGUUUUGUGCAGUUGGUGUUUUGUGUACGCAGCUGAAGCUGGAUGCAUGGACGCGAAGGUGAAGAACACUUUUAUUCAUGUGGACGAUGGCGAGGAUGGCGAGCUUGUGCCUCGCCUCGAAGAACUCAGCUGA